CCCGCAGCCCUAGCCCCUGUUGGUCCCUCAAAGAGAAUCAGAAAAGAGCCCCAGAAGAUGCUGGAUGCCUACACUGAGAGGGCGGGUGGGCCAUCCUUAGUGUGGGGCUCAGCACACGGUGGGCGCCCAAGACGAGCAGCUGCCAUCCCAGGCACCCUUCCUGCCUGAAUCCAGUCCAUCCUGAAAAGAGUGGGAGCACGUAGUCCACUCUUCCAGCUCCUAGGAUCCCAGAAUUUCAGAGCACGACAAAGGGUGUUUUCAGUACCUCUGAUGGGGAGUUCCCUGGUGGCGCAGUGGGUUAAGAAUCUGGUGUUGUGGAGUUCCUGUUGUGACAAACCAGACUAGGAUCCAUGAAGAUGCAGGCCUCUCCAGCUCACCGCCGUGCUUCAGACACAUGGGGACGUGGGCGACGACGGCGACAGUGUACACCUGGUUCAGGGGGCACAGGUGCAGACAUGCCUACCAGGACGUAGCUGAGGCUCCCUGCAGCUCCUGCCCACCCUGCUGCCCAGCACACAUGCCCUUUAACUGUCUUUGCUGGCACACACGUGACCUCACAGUAGCUGUUUAUUUGGCAUGACUCUCAGAGGUGGAUCUGAGAAAAUGUUGCUGUGGUUUAUGUCAGAGAGGGUUUGGCCUAUGUUUUCCUCUAAGAGUUUUAUAGUGUCUGGUCUUAUAUCCAGGUUUUUAAUCCAGUUUGAGUUUAUUUUUCUGUAUGGUGUGAGGGAGUGUUCUAAUUUCAUUCUUUCCCAUGUGGGUGUCCAGUUUUCUCAGCACCACUUAUUUAACAAACUAUCUUUUCUAAUAGCUGUUUAUUUGGAAAAAAAACGGUGAAAAUGAAUAAAGUUUGGAUAGAGAGAGUUCAGACGGCAAGGCUAGCUAUCUUAUUUGCUUUCCUUUCUUUUCUUUUCUUUUUUUUUUUUUUCUUUUUUUUGCCACCCCGCAGCAUAUGGAGCUCCCAGGCCAGGGAUCAAAUCCGAGCCAUAGCCUCAAAUUAAGCCGCAGCUGUAGUAACACCAGAUCCUUAACCCACUGUGCCAUGCUGGGGAUCGAACCUGCAUCCCAGCGCUCUCAAAACACUGUCCAUCCUGUUGUGCCACAGCGAGAGCUCCUUAUUUCCCUUCCAAGCCCAUCCUAUCCUCAGGUCCCUUCCUCAUUCAUUCACUCAUUCAACACUCUGUUGAGCCCCCACUGUGCACUGGGCACCUUAAGGCCUGUGGAUUCAGAGGGGAAUGAGGCCAGCAGGUACCUCUGCCUUGUCGCAGGACAGCUCUGUGGGGGGGCCUGACAGUCUGGCCCCAGUCCGCUGAGGUCACCUGAGCAAGCUGCAGUGCCCCCGGCCCCCAUGGCCCUGCUGUCUGGCUCCAAGGAGGCCACCAGGAGGUGGGUUCUAGCUCCCCAGCUCUGACGAGGGCUAGGACAGCCCACAGGGCCCCCAGGCACGGCUGCUGCACCUGUGCGUCCUUCGCGCCCCUGUCAUCUGGCCAUGCUCCUUAUUAAAAAGAACAGCAACAGCAACAACAACAAACAGUGGAAACGAAUCCGACUAGGAACCAUGAGGUUGCAGGUUCGAUCCCUGGCCUCGCUCAGUGGGUUAAGAAUCUGGUGUCGCUGUGAGCUGUGGUGUGUAGGUCACAGACUUGGCUUGGGUCUGAUGUUGUGGGCCAGUGGCUGGAGCGCCGAUUGGACCCCUAGCCUGGAAAUCUCCAUAUGUUGUCGGUGCCGCCCUAAAAAGCAAGGAAAAAAACCCAAAAGAAAACAGGAUCUGGUGUUGCCGUGAGCUCCGGUGUAGACACAGCUAUGUGGAUCUGGUGUUGCUGUGGCUGUGGUGUAGGCUGGCAGCUGCAGCUCUGAUUCGACCCACAGCCUGGGAACCUCCAUGUACUACACCCACAGACCUAAAAAGACAAAACAAAACAAAAGUGCUGUGGCUCUGUCACUGCUGUGGUGGGUUCGAUCCCUGUCCUGGGAACUUCUCUAUGUAAAUAAAAUGAAAUAUGUACUUUUGUGCACUGAGAAGCCCUAAAUAGGAACAUAAAACGGGGUUGGGGAUGAGGUUCAGAGGGCCCGUGCCCCCCCCCCCAUAGGGCCCAUGUGGCUGCUGAGUGGGAGAGAGUCUCCAUUCCCUGCCCGGACACCCACCCUUGGGCCUGGCCCUGGGACGGGCUGCCUCCCUCUGGGGGCAGGGCUCUCAGGAGGCCUCGUCUGGGGGAGCCUGGGGGGGAGCUCUCUGCUCUCGGGGGACAGUCACGAGGCCGUUGGAGGGACAGGGCUAUAGGAGCCAGCCACACCUCCUUCUCUCGUCUGGGCUCUGGACAGGUGGGCUUCCCCAGGGGUUGGGGGACGGGAAGAUGCUGUCAGGGCCUGCCCGCAAGCCUGGGCCACCCAGCCUCAGGGCCCCAGAAACAGCCUGGGGGCCCUCGCCACUUCCCGGCUUCCUUUGCCUGGCUGCCUCCUCCAACGGCCCGGGCGUCUGCCCCUUUCACAGCCCCAGAGACUUGCCUCAACCUCUCGAGUGGUUUCCGAACCCCACCCCUCAUCCAGGUCGCCUGCCUGGUGCAGCGUCUGGGUGGUGAGGGUCCCACCAGACCCUGCCCGCCCCAGCCUGGAAUCAGGCAGAGGCCAGGCUCCAGCAGGGACAGCAGUUGGGGUGAGGGGCAGGGCUUUAGGUAGGGACCCAGGAAGGCGGGGGAGUGCCUCCUGGCGGAGAAAGUCUUGGCACAGCAAAGGUUGUGCUCCUUGGAGGAGCUGUGGUCCUUGGGCAAGUUCCUGCCUGCCUGGCCUUUGUCUCCCAGGAUGGAGGACAAGCCCAAGGCCCUGGCAGGUGACAGAGGCUGAAGGGGGCUGGGACAGGGGCUGCGGCCUCCCCUGAGUAAGUUGCUGGGUAAACACUGUGGGGACUCGGCUGUUAGUCUGGCCGGGGAGGCACCACUGCCCCUGCCAACCCACACGCAGCUGCCGCUCUGGCCCUGUAGCCCUGUGGGAGCAGACACGCCCACUGCUGCACCUUCAGAGCUUCACGAAAGGGCCCUUCAGGCUGCGGCUGGGCCAGAACCACAUGGACGGUACCCCCAGCCAGAGGACGGAGCCCCUGGGCAGGGUUCCUUUGAGGACGGACUCCGAGGUCUCAGAGCCUGGAGAACUGGAACUGCGGUGGUCGGAGCUGGGCUCCGAGCAGGCCCUGGGAGCUGGGACAGAGGGGCCCGGCAGCCCCCCAGCCUGGGGGCGUCUGCUGCAGGCUGUGUGGCAGGGUCAUGUGGGCCUGGUGACUCAGCUUCUACGACAAGGGGCCAGCCUGGAGGAGAGGGACAGCGCCGGCAGGACCCCCCUCCACCUGGCCGUGCUGCGUGGCCACGUGCCGCUGGUGCGUCUCCUGCUGCAGCGCGGGGCGCCGGCGGGAGCCUCAGACCGCGCGGGGCGCACGCCGCUGCACGAGGCCGCCUGGCAAGGCCACUCUCAGGUGGCCGAGCUGCUGCUGCGGCGCGGGGCGCGGGCGGACGCGCGCUGCGGGGCGGGCCUCACGCCGCUGCACUGGGCCGCCGCGCUGGGCCGAACGCUGCUGGCCGGGCGUCUGCUGGGCGCGCGGGGCCCGGGCCCCGAGGCAGCGGAUGCGCGAGGCUGGACGGCGGCGCAGUGGGCGGCUGCGGGCGGCCGGCUGCCGGUGCUCGAGCUGCUGGCGGCGGGCGGCGGCGCGGGCCUGGACGGCGCCCUGCUCGUGGCGGCAGCGGCCGGGCGCUCGACGGCGCUGCGCCUCCUCCUGGCGCGCGGGGCGCGGGUGGACGCCCGGGACGGCGCAGGGGCCACGGCGCUGGGCUUCGCUGCCGCCCUGGGCCGCCCACAGGACGUGGAGGUGCUGCUGGAGCACGGUGCAGAUCCCAGCCUCAAGGACAGGCACAGCCGCUCAGCCCUCCACAGGGCUGCCGCCGGUGGCCACCUGCUGGCUGUCCAGCUGCUGGCAGCCUGGGGAGCUGAGGUAGACGCCCAGGACUCAUUGGGCCUCACACCUCUGCACUAUGCUGCUCGGAGAGGCCACAAGGAGGUCGCAGGCCACCUUCUGGACAGGGGCGCGGAGGUCAAUGCGGCUGGCUGGCUCCACCAGACCCCCCUGCAUCUCGCUGUGGAGCGGGGCCAUGGACCCACUGCAGAGCUUUUGCUGAGCCGAGGGGCCAGCCCCACACUGAGGACGAGGUGGGGGCAGGUGGCCCAGGACCUGGGACCUGCCCUCUGUGGACAGCCCGAGAGGCCCUAAGGGUGGCAGGACCAGAGCAGGACAGAAGGUUCCGGGCUCCCUAAGCCUCAGAGCAACCCAGGCUCCACUCUGAAGGCCUGAGGCCACCCACCAGGGUGGAGGCGGGAACUGCCCAGAGGUCCUGGGGGAGAAGCAGGCAGCGGGCCAAGCCCCAGUAACAAGCAGGUGGCCGGAGCUGGGACAGCCUCACUGACUCCCGAGGCUGCAUCCCCCCUGCAGCCCCAGCCUUCUCCACGCUCUUUGGUCGAGAGACUGAGUUGUGGCAACAAAAGUGACCACAGCUGAUGUGUCCCCUUGGUGGGUCCACCAUGGCAGCGUCUGCUUGCAGUGCUCCCUCUGCACAUGUCUCCUUACUUGCUGGGUUCCCUUGGAUUUGGCAUUCGUCCCCUGCCACCCAUUCGUUAAUGACUGGGCCAAAUGAGAGGCCAGUUGUCUUCCUCUGCUGCCGUCCCCAGCCCAGGUGGCCUUCUCUUACCGCCCACCCGAUACUCCUCUGCUCGGUACCCCCCCGGGCCAGGAAUGCCCCUGUGCACCAGGGCCCCCUGGCUUCUCAAAGGAACCAGUGCUCCGCUGCCAGCCGGCCCUGCCCUCCUUUCCUGCAAGAACCUCGGUAAAGGCCUGAACUUUCCCUGGGCCCCUGCACCCUCUUCCUGGUUGACUGUCUGUGCCCCAGCGGGGCGUGGUGUGCCUCCCGUAGGGAGAUCUAAGGACUGCAAGCCUUUUUUCAAAGACAUUAGCCUCUCCCUGUCGCCCCUGAGCCAUCUCCGUAAGUUCAAAGUCCUGCAGUACAAGUGCAACCAAGGGACAGUGGUCCUGGUGGCCACCUCUGUGUCCUCAUAGAAGAUCAAUGGCAUUAUUCGGAUAUUCUGGAAGAACAGCUUUGGAGGACAGAUUUCACUUUGCAACAGGGAGAGUUGUCAUGCCAGUUUUGUGCCUCUCCCAGGGGACCACGGGAGCCCUUGGAUUUUUCUCCCAAGACAGCGGAAGCCUUUGGGGAGUUGGUGCUUCUGUGACUCUGUCCCUUUGGCUCACGGCGUGUGCAAGUGCAGAGCGAACUGAACUUAGGAGAGAGACACCCAGGAGAUCAGGGAGAUGGUGGUGCCCUUGCAGUGGAGGCAAGAGACGCGGGCAGCAUAGGAUGAUCCUGUGGGUACAGCCCUCUGGGCUCGCUGGUGGCUGGAGGAGAGUGGCCAGGGCCGGGGUCGGGGGACAUAACCAAGACUCGUGUGAGGCCGAGGCGGGGGCCUGAGAUGGAGGGAGGCUUCACGGGAGAUGAGGAUGUGGAAGGGGGCGGCUGGAGCGACAUCUUCGACAUCUUCAGAGUCCUCAGAGUAAAGGUGGUUUUUAAAGCUACAGGACGACCCCAUGCCCAACUCCCCGGCAGCCUGAGCUGUGUGAGUUUUAGGUGGGUCCUGCCCUGUGGCCGCCAGGCUGUGGGGAAGCUUGUGAUGACCGGGACCUCUAAGACCGUCCUCGACCUCCAGGGCCCACAGGUCCUCAGCAGUCUCGGCCUCUGGCCUCCCGUUUGCUCACUGGUGCUGGGCCCAUGCUGACUCCACUCCCACUGUGGCCUUUGCGCCCUUGUGCACACCGGGCCUUGCACUUGCUGCUCCCUCUGCCCGCUCCAUCCCGCUUCCUGCAUCACUGGACCGCCCCCCCCAACACUGUUCUAAUAGCAUUUAAAAUGGGAAAAAGGAGUUCCCCGUGUGGCUCAGUGGUUAAUGAAUCCUACUAGGAACGAUGAGGCUGCGGGUCGAUCCCUGGCCUCGCUCAGUGGGUUUAGGAUCCAGCAUUGCUGUGAGCUGUGGUGUAGGCCCCUAGCCUGAGAAUCUCCAUAUGCCACAGGUGUGGCCCUAGAAAAGAUAAAAAGACAAAAGGGAGGGGGGCUUGAAUUUAAAAUGGAAAGCUCUUCUUUAAGGAGAAUGCUAGUUAGUCAACGUGGAAAGUGUUCCGAAGCCAAUGACGGCAGUGACGGACGGAGGGAGUGAAUCCUCUCGGGGCAGGGCCACGGAGAGGGCCACUCGCACGUCCUUUCCAGGCCCCAAGAGGGGUCAAGCUUCACGUCGAGGGUGGCAUUUCAGCAUUUCAGCCCACGGCAUACUUUUCCUGGCAGCCCCAGAUGCUGGCUGAGGACAGCACAGGUGCUCAGGUCUGGCGUUUCUGCCCAACCCAGGGCUUCCCUUCUAGGCGGUCUUUGGGCUGGCUGAGGUGCUGUCCCAUCCGCAUCUUCUCUCUU